UAUAUCAUGGUAUAUACUAAAAUGAAAUAUGGUUUUUAAUACCAAUAAUUUUUACAAUUGCAGUCCUGCCCUGCACACUUUGGUUGCUUAUCCUGUUGCAAAAGCUGGGAAGAUAUGUGUCAUAGUAGGCAAGGAUCUUGCUCCUAAAGUUAAAAUUACUGCUUUGGUUGAUGAAUGCAGAAAAGCAAUUUCCUACUUUGCACAAAUAUUUCCCCUUGCUUCUAAGAUAACACUGGUUGGUCACUCAAGUGGCGGGCAUGAAUGUGCCAUGUUGCUAGCUACUGACUGGUCAAGCUACAAUCCAGAUACUGCAUCUUAUUUAAAGAGAACGCUUAGAAAAGUCGUUCUUGUAUGUGGAGUUUUCCAAUUGGAACACUUGCUUGAGACUGAAGAUAACAAGGUUCUACAAAUGACGACGGAAGAGGCGCGUGAAAAUAGUCCAAUACUUCCCCAAAACCUAAAAGUCUUAGCACAGAAUGUAAACAAGUGGGGUUGUGAAAUGGUGAUGGUUAUUGCGCAACACGAUGCACCCACAAUUCUUCAUUGGAAUGAUGCUUUUAUGGAGGAGCUUAAAUCCAGUGGUGUCAAAGUAACACACAAGUUUUUAAAUGGAGUUGAUCACUUUAGUGUUAUUGGAGAUAUCACUGAAGAAAGCUCUGCACUUGCACAGAUUAUCAGCCAAUAAGAAACAUCAAACAAUAUAAAUAUUUGGUUCUCUAACUGUGUUGUACUUACUUAGUAUUAACCAUUUCUUCAAUUGUUAUAAUUAAUUCAUAUGCAACUUUUAUCCUGCUCACUUUUACUCUUUAAUGUCUUUAAUGUAAUAGUCGAAAUAAUUUAAUAUGCAACCAUCAUGUCAAAUAAAUUACUUGUUAACCUUU